AUGGCCAGUCCAUCAGUAGCCGAGCCCUUCCCAAUCUUCUUGGUUGCUGGCCGCUACACGCUUUACGACGUUAACACCGUCAGCCAUGCGCGCCGUGUACACAACAUCACUGGUGUUUUGAUCGGCGGCUUGCCUCAAGCACCCCAACAGAACGUCUUCUUAGGUAUCCCUUUGGAGCUCAUGCCUGAAGAAGCACGACUGUUGGUGGAGAAAGGUGUCGCAUACAUUGUCGACGAUGCUGCUGCUCACAAGCAAGCAUUCGUGCAAGGUGCUUUAAGUAAAGAGGAGAAGGAAAAGUUCCUGCGUAGCUUGAAAAAGCAAGGCAGCGAUGCAACAAGGAUGCAAACCAAGAGUGCCGACGACAGAAAGAUUGCAGCAUUGAAGAAGGUUGCCGCUAAGAACGCUGCCCUUGCUGCAAAGCUUGAAAAAGAGCGUUCUGAGGCUGCUGCUGCUGGCGAGACUGUCGCUGGAGACGAUGAAGAAUCGCUCUUUAGUCCCGCACCCAGUGCACCUUCCAUUGCUCCUUCUGAGGCAUCUGUCGCGUCAUCUUCUGCUUCAACGAUGAAGAUUACACCUACAACCUCACAUCCUCCUCUAACAUCAUCAACGUCCUCAUCACCUUUACCCCUGCCUGAGGUCCCCGUUUCUUACCCUCUGUUCAAACACCUCCACUCCAAGGGCUACUUUAUGGCCCCUGGUAUCAGGUUCGGCUGCAAAUACACAGCCUACCCUGGCGAUCCGUUGCGCUUCCACAGUCAUUUCCUGUGCGAUGGCAUGGAUUGGGAUCAAGAGUUUGAUCUGUUGACAUUGGUUGGAGGUGGUCGUCUGGGCACUGGUGUCAAGAAAGGGUUCCUCAUUGGCGGCACCGAGGACAAGGAGCAAGGCGAGGACCAAGUCAGAGCUUUCUGUGUUGAGUGGGCUGGCAUGUAA